AAAGUGGCAUAUUGGGAAAUUUUCUCAAGAGAUGUGGCCAAAUCACAACCUGGUUCAACACGGAAGGUUUCUUGACCCACGAGAAUUUGACUACCCAAACACGCUAUGUUGAAACUUUAAACCAAGUAUUUGAAGUCAAAAUUCAAAUUUCAUCUAUUUUAUUUUAUUUUUUUGAUGGGACAAAUUUCAUCUACUUAGUACUCACACUAAUAUAAACUCAUCUGUCUCCUCAAUUCUCUCAAACCUUAAAAGUGAUCAAACAAAAGUCUCAAGCACCUUCAAGUAGUGACCUGUUUGGGAUUUAGACCACCACCAUGGAAGCAAUUUCCUCCGCCUUCCACCACCGCAUCCUGAUAGCUCAACGCCCCAGCACCACCACCAACCAACUUUCCAAAAUCCAUGCCCAUCAUCAACUAACAAUUGACACUCAACCCAAUCCCAAGACUUCGAAUCGGUCGAUCCGCCUAGCUGAAUCUCUCUCAAACCUCUUCCACCUCCAUAUUGAACCACCUACCCAAAAACAUGUUCACAACUCCAUUUGGAAUGUCCAUUUUGACCAUGAGGAGAGGCACAACACUCCAGCUAUGUCUCCGAAGGAAGACAUAUCCGAUAAGUGGCGUGAAAAACAAGGUCUUUCUGACUGGGACAAUCUUUUGAACCCACUUCACCCCUGGCUACGACGAGAGAUUGUCAAAUACGGUGAAUUUGCGCAAGCGACUUAUGAUGCCUUUGACUUUGACUCUUUCUCAGAGUAUUGUGGUAGUUGUAGAUACAAUCGUGAUAAAAUCUUUGACAAGUUAGGGCUUACCAAGCACGGUUACAAGGUGAGCAAGUACAUUUAUGCCAUGUCACAUAUGGAUGUGCCACGGUGGCUGGAGCGGUCAGUCCUAGGUCAAACAUGGAGUAAGGACUCCAAUUGGAUGGGGUUUGUGGCAGUGAGUGAUGAUGAAGAGACAAGGCGAAUAGGGAGGAGGGAUAUAGUCGUAGCAUGGCGUGGCACGGUGGCACCAUCUGAGUGGUACGAGGAUCUACAAAGGAAGCUGGAGCCAAUAGGGGAAGGGGAAGCUAAAGUGGAAUAUGGGUUUCUAGGCAUUUACACAUCUAAGAGUGAUACUACUAGGUAUAACAAGUCCAGUGCCUCAGAGCAAGUCAUGAAAGAAGUGAAAAGACUAGUGAAAUUUCACAAGACAAGAGGUGAACGAGUGAGCCUCACAAUCACUGGACAUAGCUUAGGAGGUGCAUUGGCUCUACUCAAUGCCUAUGAGGCUGCAACCUCUAUCCCUAACCUUCCCAUUAGUGUCAUAUCAUUUGGAGCACCUAGAGUUGGCAACAUAGCCUUCAGGGACGAAAUAUAUCAAAUGGGCGUUAAAACACUACGAGUGGUUGUAAAGCAAGACCUAGUCCCUCGCAUGCCGGGGAUUAUUUUCAAUGAAAGUUUACAAAUGUUUGAUGAUUUCACUGGUACACUAGAUUGGGUAUACACACAUGUUGGAGCAGAAUUGAAGUUAGAUGCGCGUUCUUCACCUUAUCUUAAGCGUGGUGGGUUCAAUGUGCUAGGGUUUCAUAUGCUAGAGACAUACCUUCAUCUUGUCGAUGGAUUCAUGAGUACAAGCUCGACGUUUCGCUCAAAUGCUAGAAGAGAUGUUGCCUUGGUAAACAAGGCAUGUGACAUGAUAGUGGAUGAGCUUAGGAUUCCUCCAUGUUGGUACCAAAUGGAAAACAAGGGUUUAGUAUGCAAUGAUCAUGGAAGGUGGGUUAAACCUAGAAGGGAUCCAGAAGAUAUACCUUCACCCACCAGAGAAGAAGUGCAUGACCAUGCAAUUGAUGAGAGGGAGGAAAGUUACAAAGCACUUGGACCCUUGUUAGGUGUGUAAAUUUAUAAUGAAUCUAAGAUUUUCUUUUGGAUGAGAAUCUUAUUGAAUUUGAAAAAGAAGUUUAAUUAAUAUUUUUAUAUUUUUAGGAUAAAAUAUAUCUGUAAGCCUUUCUUGUGAUUUGGGCAUCAAAAUUUUUAAUUGGAUAAAAUACUCCAAUGGUCUUUUUCUUUUUGGAUUGUCAAAAGUAAAAUAUUAUUUUAUUAAUUCAAUAAAACAAUAGAAUGGGACUGUUAAGCCAAAAGUCAAAAAAAUCACUCCAAUGAUCCUUCAAGUAUGUUGUUUUUGUCACUUUGAUCCUUUUAAAUUUUAAUAUUUUCAAUUUUAUCCUUAAACUUUCUAUUUUGUUCUCUUUGGGUUCUGACUAUUUAUAAUCUUGACUCUUUCAAUUUUUAUUUUUGUAUUCU